AUGGACGGCCAAAAAACUCCCUUCGUCAGGGAGCUCGGUUCGAGUGACCGCAAAGUGCGCGACAAGGCCGUCGACUCUUUAACCCAAUUCGUGCGCUCACGCACCGAUCUGACCCUCGUGGACCUCCUCAAGCUAUGGAAGGGCCUGUUCUACUGCUUCUACCACUCCGACCGACCCCUCACACAACAAGCCCUCGCCCGCGCACUCUCCUACUCCCUCGUCCCCUCCCUCCCCCAAGCCACUCUCCACCGUUUCCUGCGCGCCUUCUGGAUCACAAUCGGCCGUGAUUACCACGCAUUAGACCGCAUCCGUCUGGACAAGUACCUGAUGCUGAUCCGUUUCUACGUGGGCGUAGCAUUCGAGAUUUUCCAAAGCCGACGGCAAAAGCGCAAGCGCGAAGACGCAGCCAAGGGCCGUGGCAAGAAGCAGAAGAAGCAAGAAAAGGCAGAGGUCGAAGAUGAGCAGAAGGACGGCGCCGAGGAUCUCGAGGCUAAAUUCCCCGAUCUCGCGGCUUAUAUCUCCAUCAUUGAGGAGGGUCCUUUGUGUCCUUUGAACUAUGAUGAGGAUCAGCCCAAGGAUGAGGGUGACCCGAAUUAUGUGCCUAUGCCUCAUGGCCCGGAUGGGCUGCGGUACCAUCUUAUUGAUAUCUGGAUUGAUGAGUUGGAGAAGGUUCUUGAGUUUGAGGAGGUUGGUGAUGAAGAGACACCGAAGCGGAAGAUCAAGGGUGAUGUGCCUAUGGAGCUUAUUCUGCGGCCGUUGGAGAAGCUUCGUGCUGAGAGUGCUUACAAGCCUGUUCGUACGAGAGCGGCUGAGGCAUUGGAGGAUGAGCGGUUGUUCGAAUGGGGAAUUCGGACGAGGGAAGUUGAGGAGGAGGAGAGUGAGGAGGAAUGGGGCGGUUUUGAGUAA